AUGCGCCAGCUCCAUGUGUGUAUACUCUCCUGCUCCCUCUCUCCCUCGCAAAUCCAAGUCUGUCUGGUCCGCAACAGACGGCUGACCUUUGGUACCGAGCAGAUCUUGAGGCCCAAGCUGGCCUUCACUUGUGGCCGGCCUCAAGCUGUUCCCUUGACUUCGCUCGCUCUCGCUUCCAAUUCCUCCUACGUUCGACUUCUGUCUACCGAGCAGACAUCCACGCAGCUAGGCUCCAAUGCAGGCCCUCCACCAGGGUUCGAUAUCAACGACCAUAGACAUACUCCCUUGCCCUCAAGUUCAUCUCCAUCGUCUACAUCUUCAUCCCCUGAUUUAGGGAAACCUAGCGGGUCAUCUACACCACGAACCGAGUUUGAUUGGGAGGAUAAUCCUAAUUUCUUGAUCAAGAACUUCUCCGAGCUCCCCUCAAAAAAUUUUGGAGUCAACCAGCAUAUGAUAAUAAAUGAAGAGUUUAAGGAAGCUCUCAGACAGAUCCUUUGGCAAUUCAAAGCGCCGAUUAGAUAUGCCUUUGCCUACGGGUCUGGCGUUUUCCCGCAGAGUGGGACGUCUGGAGGUAGUUGUCAUCCGUCGCCUCCGCAGGCAAUCCAAGCAGUGCAGCAAGGCGGUGGGAAGAUGAUCGAUUUUAUUUUUGGAGUUUCACACAGCCAGCACUGGCAUUCUCUAAACUUGAAUCAGCACCGCAAUCACUACUCUGCCCUUGGCUCAAUGGGGUCAUACGUUGUCUCGCAGGUACAGGAGAGAAUGGGAGCCGGAGUCUACUUCAACCCAUACAUAACCGUGAAUGGAACUUUGAUUAAAUACGGCGUUGUCAAUAUCGAUACCCUUUGCAAAGACCUAAGCCAAUGGGACUCACUAUACCUUGCCGGACGACUCCAUAAGCCAGUCAAGAUCCUGCGGGACCACCCAAGUGUCCGGCUGGCCAACCAGGUUAACCUACUGUCAGCUGUCCGCGUUGCGCUUCUCCUAUUGCCUCCGAAGUUUACCGAACAAGAGCUAUACCGAAAGAUUGCUGGUAUAAGCUACCAAGGCGACCCACGUAUGUCCUUUGGCUCAGAGAACACUAGGAAGAUCCAUAACAUUGUCUCUGCCCAGAUCACAAACUUCCGUCGAUUGUACGCACCUUUAAUUGAAACAUUACCGAACGUAUCCUUUAAUGAUUCCCAGUGCAAUAAUCCAGACUGGCUUGACAAUCCAGACAUAAAUGUCUCCCUAGAGCAAGAUAUGGACCCUAUCAAACGUGGUAAUAUGGUUCGACGACUCCCUAAAUCAUUCCGUGAAAAGCUCUAUUUCCAGUACCAAAGCCGGUUUAAAAUCCCACGAGGAGAAUUUGAGCUUAUGAUGGAGAAGACUGCGGAUGAGGACCCAGAGCGUUUCCAUCGCCGAGAAGGGAGUGACUUUGACAGGAGGAUCGCUGCUGAGGGUAACCUGAAGGACGAGGUGACACUAUCCAUAAAAAACACCAUAUCCUGGCCCAGUACCAGCCAGUCGAUGAAAGGUGUCCUUACAGCCGGUGUCUCCAGGUCGAUGCGCUACCUUCAGGAGAAGCGCCAGAAGUACAACGCAUCGAGGCGAUCCAGCUCCGAAUCACCCGAAACCAGUUCUGAGAACAAGACCAAGAGCGACUGA